GAACAAACAACGACAACGACCCCCACGACCAGAGAAUAAGAAUAGCCAUUGAGCGGCUAUUCACCUGGGCCAGUGACAAAGGACUAGAAAUCCCGUCGGAAACUGGAAAUAUCCUGAAACUCCGCUUUCUAUCAUGGGAAAUCCCAUAUAUUUCAAGGCUUAUUGUGUUGCUGUCGCUGUACGCGCUGUGUGCGUUUCAGGGCAAAAUAGAAUCGGGUAUCAACUUUUGGCGCCUGGCUAUGAAAUGGAGACAGAAACCUCUGGUCGCAGAUAUGCCCAAGCAUGUCAGAUCCCCAACUUACGAUUGGUCUGGUGGGAAUAUUUUGCGCCCGCUCUAGCAUUGGCGCCAACAAGUCUCUGGUAUUUUUGGGACCGCCGCCUUGCAGCCAGAACUGGCCACUAGCAGCCGGCGCAUGCUUGAGAACGUUCGAUUCUUCAGACACUUCAAAUGUGUUUCAAAACAAUAUGGUGGCUACUGAUUUGCUCGCAGGGUGCCUACGGCGAAAUAAAGAAUGCUUGUCACCACUGAGCUUGCUUUCUUGCCCUUGCCAGGAGCUCUGUGGGGAGUCACCUACGGCUUGUAACGGUGCCUACAGUGCUCGCUCCACCACAGUUUUGUUUGGCAGUCUUCCAAUAUAUGGUUUGUUGACUGCCCCUCUGUGUUGGUAUUCACAACAAAUUUUUAACAAAAGCAUUCUCUUCCUUUCCUCAUUGUCUUUGAGGGUUGCACUGUUUUUCUUCCUUUAACGGAUUUCUUUUGUUUUCAUUUUUGGCUGGCCCAUUCAAUAAACCUGAAUAGACAACAAUACCCAUCUCGAAUCGCUUCGGGAAUAAUCUUUUGAUAGACUUCCACUAUAUUCUACUGUUCCUUCACUUCUUGUGUAUCUCCCUUCUUUUUUUCCCUCCGUAAUGGGAUCCUUCUUCUUUUAAUUUUUCUUUCUUUAAUAUUGUCUUUCUUCUAUCUUGAAGUUUCCUCAUAUCUCUUAAACAGAGUACCUCCAACCACCUCUCUUUGGAACCGCUUACUUCUCAACCAAUAUACACAGCGCUGGUCGUAACCUGCCUACGAUUUGAGGCCGUUUAACCUAACUAUCAUGAAAUUCUCACGAUUCAUUCCACGGUCACGAACCCCUGGUCUACCUCCGUACGGCGAGCAGGAUCCUAAUACAUUCGAAAAUGGCUACCGGCCAUCACCACCCCCAGGCGCCAUUACUCCUUAUCUUGGACUACGAUCUCGGUUAUCACAAAUUUGGUUCAACCGAUGGACCAUACUGUUGUUGCUUAUUCUCGCUCGGGUACUCAUUGCCAUCGGCUCACUGGAUGGGAACCUGACCUCCGCAAAGAGAGAAGCCUUAUCUGCUUGCUCAAGCGUGGAAUCCGUGGGCAGCGCUAUGGCCUCAAUGCCUCAUUAUAUGUCAAGGGGUGUAAAUGAACUGACCGCGUCAGGCGUUGAGAAAGCGGUUAACGGACUUAUGUCGAUGCUAGAACUUACUAUUACCGGAGUUGAAGAAAUAUUUGUUUUCUUCGUCAACGUCAUGACCUCAACAUACGUCUGCCUUAUCACGCUGGUUGUUGCUGGAAUGAUGAAUGCUGCCAUCGAGGUUCUGAAAAAGGCAACUGAGUUCCUUGAUGAUAUAGUUGGUAAGAUCGGAGAGGGAAUCAGCGAUGGAGUCGAUUUCGUAGAGAAUGCACUUAACGGCUUUCGGAAUACCAUCAACCUUUUGGGCGCCGAUAUUCCUAAAGUCGACCUCAGUGGGCCCAUCAAGGAGCUAGAAGAUUUGUCACUACCAGACUCUUUGACUGAUGACCUAGAUAAGUUGAAAGAAAAAAUCCCGAAUUUUGAGGAGGUCAACAAUUUUACAAACAAUGCCCUCCGCACGCCAUUCGAACUUGUGAAAAAACUCAUCAGAGACGAAAUCGACGAAUAUAAAUUUGACCGCUCCGUAUUCCCAGUACCCCCGAAGGAGCAGCUCAGCUUUUGCAAUGACGACGAUGGUAUCCAUUCAUUCUUCAACAAAUUGGCGUCAUUUAUAGGAACGGCCAAGAAAAUAUUCAUUGGCGUAUUAGUGGUCGGCGCGAUACUGGUCUGCGUCCCAAUGGCGUAUCGUGAAAUACGAGCCUGGCACGGUAUGAAAGAACGAUCAUCCUUGGUGCGAAGAGAUGCUCAUGACCCUAUGGAUGUCGUCUACAUCGUUUCGCGACCCUUCGCCUCAACAGCUGGCCUAAAAGCCGCAAGCCGGUUCAGUGCACCCCGUAGGCAGGUGCUUGUGCGAUGGAUCGUUGCCUACGUAACCUCUCCACCAGCACUUUUCCUACUCUCCCUAGGUGUUGCCGGACUCUUCUCAUGCGCCUGCCAAGCCAUUCUCCUGAGGGCCGUGAAAAAUGAAGUUCCCGGCCUCACAGACCACGUCAGCAAGUUUGCUGAGAAAGUCGUUUUUGCCCUUAAUAAUGCCUCCGAACAGUGGGCUAUCGGCACCAACCGCGUCAUCGACGAUACGAACAACGAUAUUAACCAAAAGGUCUUUGGUUGGGUAAACCAAACCACAGGGUCAGUUAACAAUACCCUCAACAUCUUCGUCGACGAAACCAGCAACCUCCUCAAUAGAACCUUUGGUGGCACGAUCCUCUACGAACCAAUCAAGGACGUCCUGCACUGCCUCAUUGGCCUGAAGAUCGAGGGAAUUCAGAAGGGUCUGACUUGGGUAUCUGAACAUGCCCACGUGGAUUUCCCCAACAUGCCCAAGGACACUUUUUCCCUAGGUGCCAUCGAGAAGCUCGCCGGGGACAAUGAUUCAACCGCAGACAGUUUCAUCGCGAACCCGGGCGAUAAGACUGCCGACAAGAUCGGAGAGGUGGUCCAGCGCGUCACAGACUCUGUAGAAUCUGGCAUCCGAACCGAAGCCAUCAUAUCCGGUGUCAUCAUAUCCAUAUGGUUUGCCGUUCUUCUGAUGGCGAUCAUUCGAGCACUUACGCUCUGGUUCGGCCCUGACAAGACCCGCGGCGACGGAAAUGGUGACUCUGAAUUCCCCCACCCUGACACCUUGCCCAGAGACGCGGCGGGUUUCAGUGACAUUCCUCUUGCAACUCCAACCCAUGUUCAUCCUGGAAUGGUAGAUAGAUCUGCACCGGUAUGCAGCACAAGGCACGACUCUCCUGGACAAGGCUUCAAUCGGGCUCAUGAUGCAGAGGAUUAUUAUCAGGAGCAGAAGCUGGGGUUUGCGGGCCAGCGGGAGUUGAGAAGGGAUGGUGGAGGCCAUUCGCGUGAGAGCAGCUAUGGGGAGGUUGAGUAUGUGAAUGAUGUCAAGAGAUGAAGCCAUCUCCGUAUUUUCAGAUUUAUUUAUUUUCUUUUUCUUUUCCGUGUGGUUGGUUCUUUUCUUUUUGAAAUAUUUUUAAGAGCAUGUAAACUUGCAUAUGUAGAUAUCGGCGUCUCUCUCUUUUUGUAAAGCAUUAUUCUACCCGCUCUUCCUCAUUCUCCCUGACUUCUACGAAGUAAUCAUCUAAAUAUCGAACAAAUCUACCCUCGAUGUCCCCUUCCCCCUUUACUUAUUACUAUUUGAAGCGAUAGGCGGCAUCCUCCAGCGAAGUUUUUCUUCUUUGCUUUUCGCACGCGCACACACCCCUUCUCUCUCCCCUUCUCUCUCUCUCUCUCUCUUUUUUUUUUUUUUUUUUUGAAAUCAUUUGGGUCCCCCAUGAUCUUGUUAUGAUGCACUAUGCAUUGACAAUGGUGGGAGACUGGGAGCCCGCUACAUAACUGUCCAUCCAAAGGCUUUUCCAGCCUCCCUUCUUACUACGCCUCUUCUUCCUACACUUCUACACUUCUGCACUUCAACAGAAAACAUCCUUUCACCUCCUCAGGAUGAACACCAUUGCCCGAUAUGUUUAUUUUUGGUUUUCUCAACUCUCUAUACUGAAAGGGUUUUAUCGCGGCCGCACAGGAGAGGACUCCUAUAUUUGAUGGGCCAGGAUGGGUUUUGUUGUUAUCUUGUAGGAGC